GUUAGCCUGCUUUGAGAAACGUUUAGCCCCUACCACAUAAUGAGAUAUUCUGUCAAAGGUUAAAAGUUGCAACCCUCAGCUGGACGCAUGGUCGCACUGUUGGUGGAAGAAAAAUGCAUGGUUGAGGCCAACUUUGAAGAAUUGUGAUGUUAUUUGUUCGUGGUUCAAAAGACAGAUCGAAUUAUGAUGCAGCUGUACCGACAUGUGGGAUGUCAUCUGAAAUGCCAGGCAGUUGUGUGCCGGGUUCGGAAACGGAUGGUUCAAAAUGGGCAAAGUUAUGAUCAGAGGUCCCCGGGUGUUCUGUUUGCUCGUCUGUUUUCGACGGAAAGAGACCAUGCCAAAGAUGAGAAACAACAGGAAGGUAGGCUGGAGGACGAAAAGAAUAAGGGAAGCGAAAUGUUAGAAUCCUCUCCCCAGCCUUCCUAUCCAUCGGAUUCACCACAAGAACCAACUGCAGGGUCAGAUCAGGAUCAGGAACUCGGUAUGCAACCCAUGGGCCGCCGAUUGCGUGGGCGCCCCCUGUCACCUUUUCAACGCGUUACAGGAUUUAUGCCUCCGGACUUCUGGAAGAGCAAAGCGGCCGACUUGGGUGCAUUCGAGAUGGAAUCUGCUCAAAAGUCUAGCAAUGAAAGUGAGUCAUUGAAAGAAGGAAAAAUAAGUCAUAAAACUAGUAACGAGACUAGAACUGAAAACAAUAAAGUUUUUCAAGAUGACCGUAUGGACAAAGACUAUGAUGAUCAACUCUCAGGGAUGAAAGAUGAGAAAGACUUGAGCUCAACAGGAAGAUCAAACUUGUUUCCAUUUGACUUGAAUUUUAAUCUACCAAAUUUUAAAGUGUUCAAAUCGCCUGUGAAGCAGUUGCCCCUCAGGGUAGGAGAAGCAAUCAUAGCGGAGCUGAAGGAACAGAAAGAAGUCCAGCACUUUUGCAAGAUGUGGAUCCUGGGUGACAAAAGGAAGGUCAACAGUAAGCAUGGGAUGAUUCUGUUUGAAGACAUCAUAGGGAAGAAUCCAGGAGACACCUACAUCACCUCAACUGGCACAGAGAUGAUCAUUCGCCGCCCGAGUCUAGAAGAGUUCACACUCCAAAUGAAGAAGAUUGCUGCUAUCCCACACCCAAAGAACAACAACACAGCCCUGUGCCUGUUGGAUGUGUCACCAGGAGACUGGGUACUGGAGUGUGGGACUGGGUCUGGUGCCAUGACUCUCUUUCUGUCCAGAGCAGUGGGAGUCACAGGCAGGGUCAUCUCCUUUGAUAGUAAGGAGGAUCACCUGAACAGAGCUAAACGUAACUACAGGCUGUGGAUGGACUCCUGGAAGCUGAGUCACGAGACAGACUGGCCCGACAAUGUGACCUUCCAUCAAGCAGAUGUGAUAAAUGCCACAGACAAGGUCAAACACCUGCUGGAUGGGGCAUUCCUAGAUAUGUUGACUCCUAACAUUGGAUUGCGUGCAGUCUUACCUAUCAUCAAGCCUGGCAAAGUGAUUGCAUGCCACAUCGUCAACAUGACACAGGUGGUCGACCUGGUGGCCAGCAUUUUGAAGCAUCAGCUGCCAGUGGUAGUGGAGCAGGUGUUAGAGGUGGAACACAGGAACUGGCUCGUCACACCUGCACGACAUUACACAGGCAGACUCAUCUACAAGCCUGGCAGCACAUCACAUGGGGAGAUCAGCAGUGAUGAGGAACAAGGAUCUUCAACACAAGAGGAGAAUGGGGAGCAGAUAACAGAAGACACAGCUUUCUUGACCAGACCUUCUAUCAAGCAGGAUUACCAUACUGGGUUUUUGGUGAAGCUGAGGGUCUACUCUGACACAAGACAUUCAAGAUUCACCAUGUAACAAAAUCACAAGAAGUAGCCAGGUCAUGAAUUGACUGUGUUAUGAGGAACCAGUACCAACACCUCACUUCACACUAACCCUCAUUGGCAUACACUUAACUUUUAUUGACUGUACACAAGUUCUCUUCAGAAAGAGAUGCCAUCCUUCCUUUACCUAUGGAACCUAUUUUGCAGACCAAAAUAUUAAUAUUAUUAUGCUUGACUACAGCCAAAUAGAGUUAAUAGACAAUAUGUUAAUCUAUGUACAGGUCACUUAAUUUGCUGACAUUUCUGUGCAAAUAGUACAUGUACAUCACCAUUCUGUACAUA